GCCCCAGAUGUUAACCCCUUCCUGCCCAGUGUCAUUGGUACAGUGUCAGUGCUUUUUAUUAGCACUGAUCACUGGCUUAGUGUCUUUGAGAUGUCAGUGGCAGUUAGUUCCCACCCAGUGUGAGAAUGCCUGCCACAGUCCUGCAGUCCCGCUAUAAUUCGCUGAUCGCCGCCAUUACUAGUAUUAAAAAAAAAUCCAGUAUAUAUACCACCAUUUGUAGACGCUAUAACCUUCACGUAAACCAAUUAAUUUACAUGUAUUGGGAUUUUAUUUAGCAAAAAGGCCUGAUCAGGA